AUGCACCUUUAUUUUAAACUAAACAUACUAUUUGCUAUUGCACACACGCAUUAUUUUAUACAAUUUAGUAAUGUUGUAAAAGCAGAUGUAACAGUUGACACUGUCGCUAAAUUCGAUGUGGAUGGAUUUGACAAGGAUUCCUUGAGGAAACUUACAGAGUAUAGGCAACGCCACAGGAAAACGGUACAAGGCUGGCUUUGCGCCGCCGCCUUUGUACAGAAUGGCAUCGUAUAUACCGAUUGCACAAACCAUCCUGCCCCUAAUGGUCAAACUGGAAGGGAUUGGUGCUAUGUCGAAGUUCAAUCCAUUGGUAAAGGGCCCAGAGACUGGGAUUUUUGUCUAGAUCCUGUUGACUAUAAUUUGCUAAGGCACAAGGCAGCACAGCUAUUUAUUACCAAACAUAAUGAUAUCAAAUAUUCUAUAAAUAGAUUGGCGCAUUAUGAAAAGGAAUUGCAGUACAACAUAGACAAAUACAAUAAUGUGUGUCAAUUAACUAAUAACGACAGUGAAAGGAUUUCUACUUUGGAAUCAUUGUUAAGUGCCGUUAAGAAACAAUUAUCGGCAUUUAGCAACUAUAAAACAUAUUCAAAAAUAAUGUUACAAAAGUCAAAUGAACUUGCUUCCCUUCUAGAAUUGAUGAGGGAAAAUUAUAUCACCGAUGCCAGAAAUUGUACUGCUGUAAUUGGCUAUGAUGUUCAACCGCAUGCGGAUGGUUUAACAGUAGAAUUCUACCCUAAUAUAUUCUUUAAAGGUCAACCGAUAGUCGCUCCGCAUCAUGAAAGUAUUUCAAUUUACUGGAAUAACAAAUUACCUGUAUCCGUGCCUUUCGACGAUUUUUCAGUUGCUUUUAAGGGCUAUGUUGAGGCACCAGUCACUGGAUUAUACACAUUCAUUGCAGAAGCGAGCCUUGGAGUGCGAUUGUUAUUGGAGGAUGAUCUAAUUAUAAAUACUUUCCAAUCGGUACAUCACCAAAUGACAGACAACAAUACAUCCAAACCAUUGCAACUUAUUGGAGGUAGAAGGUAUAAAAUCGAAUUUAAAUCUUUUAACUAUUCUCCAUUGCGUUACUACAAUCCAUAUGAGUUAUCAUUAUCACUUUCCUGGGAGAUUGAUGGUCAUGGUGCUGGAAUCAUUCCAAAGGAAAUGUUCUAUUCCAGUCCUGGAGGCAAAUUACCCAGAAUAUUUGGGUUAAAGGGCGAAAACUACGGGAUAGGCUUUAUGGAAAAUGGAUCUCACUCAUUUAUUGAUAGCAAGGAACACUAUCUGGCGGAUAUACCGGGCAAGUAUAUUGGCAUGAAAUUCAUCAAGACUAAAAUACACCCACAAGAAAAUAAUGUCAUUUUCUAUACCACAAUGGAUAUCGUUGUGACGGUGGGUCUGCCAAAAAAUACUGGAUUUCUACCUAAGGGUUACGAUGCCACGGGCAAAAGCAUGGGUUAUUUCAAGUCCAUACGGGACACAUUUUCUAUAUACAAAUCCCCAGAUUUGUGCGAGCCAGCUACGGAACAAGUUGAAAUGGGGAUGUACCAACUUAACUAUCUCUCUGGUAAAAUUAGCCUGGAGAUCCCAAAAGACACUUCAUUUAUUAUCGCAAUAACGCCACUUGUACAUGAACACAUAUGCGAUGGGCAAAUAAAACGACUUAAAGUCACAAAUUGUACUUCAAGCUCAAUGGAAUCCCCGAGUUAUGAUUGUAUGCACGCAUUCACUACAAACAUUAACGAAUUGGAUUCUUCUAGCCACAAAGUCAAAAAUGAUGGUUGGAGGGCUAGUAAUAGUCUUAAAUAUGAGGAAUGGAUAAUUGUCAGUUUUGGAAAGAAUGUAGACCUUCACACAGUACACUAUCAUCCACUGAACAAAUCGCAAUAUAAAGCUAAAAAAAUUACUUUUUUGAUAGGAACUGAAAUGAUUACCCAUGUAUUAGAAAAGGGCAAAUGGAAUUUUGAUAUAAAACCGACAAAGAUUAUGAGUAUGAAGGUUAUUUUGUCAGAUUUUGAUAAAAUUGACAUGGAUAAAAACGCGCCAAGUAUUCCAUCUUUUGGUGGUAGACUGGCAUUUUACGGCGUAGAAUGCGGUGAAGUAGCAAGUGAAUUACCCUCACUUGAAGUUAUUUUUAAGGGCGUGCAUGCACCUGUUUCUAUGCCCGAACACUCCAUACAAGACAAUGGAAUGCCACCUAGCCCAUUGACUAGUCACAAUGGAUUCUACUUUGGCUGGACUAGUAAAGCAUUUCCGCCCUCUAACUGCUCUAAGAAAGUAGAAAAGAGAGGUGGCAUCCAAUUUGGUGGUAACAAAUGGACCCUUGAUGUACCAGUUAACGGGAUUUACAAAGUUGAAGUGGAAUUGGGUUCCCUAUGCAAAAAACAUACAACUUCCCUAGUAGUGAAUGAUAAAGUAUUACAGGAGUCAAUUGUAUUGUCCUCAGGGGAAUUUUUAACGCUCCAUUUUUAUGCCACCUUGGAUGAUACUUCCAGGAUUAUUUUGUCUAGCCUGGACAGUGGCGCUGUUAUACAGAAAUUUAAGAUUGACCUAGCCAAAUUGUAG